CCAUUCAAUUAUUUUUAAUGACAUAGAAGAUGAAAUCUGUGUGCAAACCAUGCAGCAAGCAGAAUCUGCAUGGCAUUAUUUUUAUUUGCAUUUGUGGUGGGGUUGCCAGUAAAAAUUUGCUGGGCUAUAAGGGUAAUUUCUGGUUCUACAUUAAUUAACGAAUGAAUGACUUUAAUAUAUGUAUGGCAACAGAUUAAUGAAGAGUCAGCCUUAAUAAUUUUAAUUUUAAAAUAUAUUAUUAAUGGCUAUUUUGCGCAUCAUAAGCCUAGG